AUGGCGGACCGGUCCGACGAGAGGGCGCACGAGGAGCCGGCCUUCAACCCAGCCGCCGAUGUCGAGAUGGUCGAGGGGGACGAGGCUGAGGCCGCCGCCGCCGCCGCCGCCGCUGCUGAUAAUGCUGAAGAGCUCCCCUUUCCCGAAGGUGGCGAUAGCGAGCCGCGCCUCAGCUUCAUUAGUUAUCUGACCAGCCCGGUCGUUACUAUCCUCGUCGGCGCCGGCGACUCCGAGACCAUUCUCACUGCCCACCAGGCGCUUCUUACCCAGAGCCCGUUUUUCUCCGACGCCUGCGCCGCCUUCACAGACGACGGGAGUCCGCGGCAAGUUGAACUCCCGUCUGAGGAGAUCGAUGCCGUGGGUUGCUUCCUGGAAUACCUCUACACCGGCGACUACUUCCCCCGAAAGCUUCCCGGCCAGCGGCUGCUAGAGCAAGACCCCUCCAUCCCUGCCGUUGACGAGACCGGCGAACAGCUCCUGAAGCAUGCGCGCGUCUACACCUUGUCGGAGAAGUUCGGGAUGGAGAAGCUUAAAGGGCUUGCGAGUAGCAAAAUCCACUGCGUAAACUCGACGGCCAAGGGCGAGAUCGCCUACGCCCGCUACGUCUACCAGUUCACCAGUAAGGACGACACGGUUAUUCGGGCCCCCGUGGCCAAUUUUUGGGCCACGCGCAGUCACACCCUGCGGGCCGAGGCGGAGGAGGAAUUCCGCUCGCUGUGCUUGGAAUUCCCUCAAUUCGGCUACGAUGUUCUCACUCGCGUCCUGGACGAGAAGCUCAAGCGAGAGCGCAACGAGAAGAUGCACCCGGCGACCGGAAGUGCGCGCAAGCGGGCUCGACACAGCAACAUAUAA